AUGAGCAACAUUUGUUAUGAUAUCUGGCUUAAGAUUUUUUCUUAUCUGACUCCAAGAGAGCAAACAAAAUUUAGAAGAAUAAACUGGUUAUUAUAUGAUGUAUAUUUAUUCUAUGAUAUAAAUGAAGAAAAACAUGGAUUUUAUGAGUUUGUUUACGAUUGGAGAGUAUUGAUAUAUAGAUUCAAACUCACAAAAGAUAAAAAAGAUGUAUGGAUAAAAAAUGGAGACAAGAUGGAAAAAAGAAGAUUGAUGAGAGACAAGGAAGGAAAUUAUUAUUGUAAAGGUGUAAAAAAUGUUUUUUUGUAUCAAUGUGAACUUGCUAAAGCUGAGGAAUUACAUAUGAUGUAUUGUGAUAUUUGUGAUAAUUUGAAUUAUUAUAUUC